GAGAGAUAUUAAUGUACACCAUAAGAAGAAAAGAAAGAAACAAAGUCAAAAGAGAAAGAGAGAGAAAGAAAAACAAUAAUAUAAGGCGCAAAAUACUUCAAAUUGAUAGCUCUCUAUCAUUCUGGUCAAAGAUAGAAAACCCUCCUUUCUCUCUCUAUAGCUAUUUUAUUAUUAAAUAUAACCAAUCUUUACAACUAUGGCUUCUUUGACACUUGCCCUCCGACGUACAGCUCCCCAAUUGCGUACUCAAUCUUUUAGAAAUGCUUCGUCCUCAAUGUUUAUGCGUGCCAUUACUACAGAAACCACAAAAAAACCUCCCACUGCUAUUCUGAUGACAAACAUGGGUGGACCUGAGAAACUCGAUGACGUUCAUGAUUUUUUAUUGAAUCUCUUCUCCGAUCGUGACCUUAUGCAGUUGCCAUUGCAAUCGCUGACGUCGAAAUGGAUUGCCAAGAGAAGAUCUCCAAGUAUUCGUGAGCAGUACGCACAAAUUGGCGGAGGAUCUCCAAUUUUGAAAUGGACUCGAAAACAAGGCGAGGUUAUGGAGAAAAUUUUGGAUGAAAUAUCCCCAGAAACAGCUCCUCAUAAGCAUUAUAUUGCUUUUCGAUAUGUGACUCCUUCAACUGAUGCGGCUCUGGAAGCUAUGAAGAAAGACAAUGUCAAAAGAGCCGUCGUUUUCACUCAAUACCCUCAAUACUCAUGCUCUACCACUGGUAGUAGUUUAAACGAGCUUCACCAUGGUAUUAAGGCUGCAGGAAUGGAAGAUUCAGUUGACUGGAGUAUUAUCGAUCGAUGGAAUACCCAUCCUGGUUUCAUUGAGGCUACAGCCAGUUUAAUUGAGAAAAAAUUGAAAGAAUACACACCAGAGGAGCGUAAAGAUGCUGUCAUUCUAUUCUCAGCUCACUCUUUGCCUAUGUCCGUUGUAAAUCGUGGUGAUACUUACCCCGCGGAAGUGGGAGCUAGCGUACAGCAUGUCAUGAAGCGUCUUGAAGGAAAGUACCCUCACCGUCUGGUGUGGCAAUCACAAGUAGGACCCUCUGCUUGGUUGGGACCACAGACAUCGGAUGCAAUUGAAGGCUACGGAAAGCAGGGCAAAAAGAAUCUUGUGUUGGUACCUAUUGCAUUUACAAGCGACCACAUUGAGACAUUGUUCGAAUUGGAUCUGGAAUAUGGAGAACUUGCAGAAAAGUCUGGCGUUACUGGAUUCAAGCGAGUAGAAGCAUUGAAUGGAAAUGAAAUCUUCACAAGAGCGCUUGCAGAUAUCGUAAAAGAACAUUUGGAUUCCAAGCAAUUGGUAUCUCGCCAAUGGUAUUUGCGUUGCCCUGGCUGUACUUCAGAAAAAUGCAAGGAUACUCGCGAAUAUUUCGCCAGCAAGGAUUCAACACAAUAG